AUGAGCAGCCGUUGUCAACCACUCGUUCCCGAAUCCUCAUUUUUCUUAUCUUCAGGCGACAUAACACGCGCCGCCGUCAUGAGCCUCCUCACCACUUUCAGACGCCCCCUCGCAGCUGCCGCCUCUGCCAGCGUACGGUUUUAUGUCACAAAACCUUGGUUUGUAAGGAUGGAUAACGCGGGCGGUCCAGGAGCUUCCAAGGAACAGAUGCUUGACAUCUAUGUCAAAACACUCGCUGCAGCUCUUGGCAGUGAGGAGCUGGCUAAGAAAAAGAUAGUCAAGUUUCACUCCCUAGGGUUCAAAUGUGAGAUAGAUCCGGGAAUUGCAGCUGAGCUUAAAGAGUUUCCCACUGUUCGAUAUGUAUCUCCAUGUGAUCAAGGGGCGAAGCCAGCCUCAAAUUUCACCGGGGUCGGCAAUAUUUUUUAG